AUGGCUUGGGGGGUAUGGGGCAGGGCCCGGGGGGCCCCUGUGGGGGCUCUAACCCUGACAGCUCUGGCUGAAGGGCUCCAGGCCAACCAAGGGCAGCCCCCAGGACCCUCUUCCACUGACCCGCAGCCGGAACCCGAGUUUGAACCACAGGCAGAGCCUAUGAGUGCCACUGCCGUCCCCACAGCCAGCCCCGCGCCCUGCUCCCUGCCCAGGGUGCAAGAGCCAGCCCGCAAGGGGCUCUACCAGGACCCCCAGAGUUCCUGGGAGGAGGGGGCCCUGGCGGACCUGGCACUGUAUGCGGCUGCCUGCCUGGAAGAGGCUGGCUGUGCGGGGACCCAGGCAACAGCCCUCAUGCUGUCCUCAGCCCUGGAGGUGCGGGGGGAGCGGCUGGAGGAGCAGGUGUAUGCCCUGGUGCGCGGGCUGCUGGCACAGGCGCCCAGCCUGGCUGAGGGGCGGCCCCGGCAGGCGGCCCUCCGGGUACUGAGCGCGCUGGCCCUGGAGCAUGCUCGGGAGGUCGUGUGUGCGUUGCUGCCCAGCUCGCUGCCCCCAGACCGGGUGGCCGCUGAGCUGUGGCGCAGCCUGAGCCGGAACCAGCGCGUGAACGGGCAGGUGCUGGUACAGCUGCUGUGGGCCCUGAAGGGCGGAGGCGCGCCCGGGCCCGAGGCGCUGGCGGCCACUCGUGCCCUUGGGGAGAUGCUGGCUGUGUCCGGCUGCGUGGGCGCCACUCGGGGCUUCUACCCACACCUCCUGCUCGUGCUGGUCACACAGCUGCACCAGCUGGCGCGGCGUGCGUCCUCCCCUGACACCCCCAAGGCUUGGGCCCCAUCGCACCGAGGGCCGCCGCACAGCGACGCCAGCUGCGCCGUUGAGGCCCUGAAGGCCUUGCUCACCGGGGACGGCGGCCGCAUGGUGGUCACGUGCAUGGAGCAGGCUGGCGGCUGGAGGAGGCUGGUGGGAGCCCACACGCACCUGGAAGGCGUCCUGCUGCUGGCCAGUGCCAUGGUGGCCCAUGCGGACCACCACCUGCGAGGCCUGUUCGGGAACUUGCUGCCCUGGCUGCGCAGCCCCGACGACACGCGGCGCCUCACGGCGAUGGCCUUCUUCACCGGGCUGCUGCAGAGUCGGCCCACGGCAGGGCUUCUGCGGGAGGAGGUCAUCCUGGAGCGGCUCCGCGCCUGGCAGGGCGACCCCGAGCCCACCGUGCGCUGGCUGGGCCUGCUGGGCCUGGGCCACCUGGCGCUGAGCCGCGGGAAGGCGCGGCACGUGAGCAAGCUGCUGCCCGCGCUGCUGGGCGCCCUGGGCGAGGGCGACGCGCGGCUCGUGGACGCCGCGCUGGGCGCGCUGCGCAGGCUCCUGCUGCGGCCUCGCGCGCCGGUGCGGCUGCUGAGCGCCGAGCUGGGGCCGCGCCUCCCGCCGCUGCUGGACGACGCCCGGGACUCGGUGCGCGCCUCGGCCGUUGGGCUCCUCGGGACGCUGGUGCGGCGGGGCCGGGGCGGGCUCCGGGUGGGGCUCCGCGGCCCCCUGCGGAAGCUGGUGCUGCGGAGCCUGGUGCCGCUGCUGCUGCGCCUGCAGGACCCCAGCAGGGACGCCGCCGAGAGUUCAGAGUGGACCCUGGCCCGCUGUGACCGCGCCCUGCGUUGGGGGCUGCUGGAGGAGAUGGUCACGGUGGCCCACUACGACAGCCCCGAGGCCCUGAGCCGCAUCUGCCGCUGCCUGGUUCAGCAGUACCCGAGUCACAUACCCAGCUUCCUGAGCCAGACCCAGGGCUACGUGCGGAGCCCGCAGGCCCCCUUGCGCUGGGCGGCUGCUGUGCUCCUAGGCUUCCUCGUCCAUCACACAAGCCCCGGCCACGUUAACCAGGACCUGCUGGACUCCCUGAUCCAGGACCUGGGGCAGCUGCAGAAUGAUCCAGAGCCAGCCGUCAUCGCCGCGGCUCAGGUGUCCGCCCAACAGGUGGCGCUGCUGGCCUGCGCACAGCCAAGGCCGCGCCGCCCAAGUCUCCUCCGCCUGGGCUUCUGGCGCCACGUGGGUCCCCACCGGCCCCCACCAGUCUACACGAGCAGUCCGUUCCAGCCCCGGAGCGUCGUGGGCCGCUGGGGCUGCUUGGGAUCCUGACCCCGAGCCUGCCAGCCUGGAGGGUACCUGGGGUCUGAUGCAGGCACUGCACUGCUCUGUGGCUCAUCUUGAGGGGGGAGUCGGGGUGGCGGGUGAAGAUCUGCAGAAGAGCCUCCUCUCGAGGGGGCCCCUGGGCCCGGUACCAGAUGCAGUGAGCAAGUCCCCUCCUCCCUUGUGUGCACUAACUCUCCUGGUGUGCACGGCCAUGUGAGCUGAGAUGGCGGUGGCACGUCCUGUCUGAGCACCAUCUCAGCUUGGGUGCAUCUGUCCCCAUUCAAGCCAGGCCUGUGCUCUCCCAGCGCCUCAGAGCGUGGAUGGCCCCUGGGCUCCCGAGCUGGGGUCUGGCGGGGGACACUGAAACUGGCCCAGCCCCUCGAGCUGGUGCCCUGGCAGGCUGCCUGCUCCCUGGGUCUCGCGCACAGCCUGGCCCCGGCUCCCCUGCGCGCCCUGACGCUGCUCCCUGCAGCCUGUCACCCUUCACCCAUCACUGGCCUGUCCCCACAUCCCCACACCUUAGCCCCUGCUAGCCUGCCAGAUCGCACCUGAGCUUUCUCCAGAAGGUUCUCCUGACCGCCCCACAGGACACCACAGGCUUGGGAGGGUAGCUGUGGGUUCGGGUGUCACCCCACUACACUGAGCCCCCAAGCCGCUCCCCAGUGCCCUGAGUGGACUUGAAUGAGGAAAGCACGGCUGAAGGUGCAGAGAAACAGCCCCUCUGUUGUGACUGGGCCUCUGUGGGCCCUGGCCCCCUCCGGGUCCUCCACCCAGAAUGCCUACCUUGAAAUGACCUCUUACCGCUCAAGGCCCCCCACCAAGCCGCCUCAAAGAGGCCUUGCCUCACACAGCCUUUUGGAGGAGCUACAAGCAGUCCCCCCAAACUGGGGACCCCCUGGGGUCCUGCCUACCCACGAUGGAAAGUGUUUAAGAUAAAAGUGUCUGGCAUCUGUCUGGAGACUGGGUCUAGGCCAAGGAUGGAGUUCUGAGGACCUGGCCUGGUCCAACAUCAGCCUCCGUCUGGGGUUCUAGAAAAGGCAGUGUGUAGCCGGGAAUAAGGGUCAGCCGGCUUCGGGGCCCAGGCUUCUGGGCAGGGUCAGGCAGGGCUUAGCUUGAGUUUGGGAGCUCAGGCAGGAAGGAGGUGGGGUUGCCCUUUAGACCAUUUCUAGGGCCAGGCAGGGUCAGGCCAACGCGAGGUGUGGCUUGGUGUAUUCGUUCAGAGCCUCCGAAGCAGAUCCCCGAACAAGCUUCAAGUACAGUAAAACCUUGGGUUGCGGCGAACUUGUUCUGCGAGGGCGCCGCAAGACAAGCAAACGUUUCUAAUAAAUUUUAACUUGAUAAAUGAA